GCGUCAGUGGGGAGGGGCCAGGGUGCCGACAUGACACGGAGGCUCGAAUCGUCUGGCUUGAUCGCACACCAACGUCGAUCACAUAACAACAUCUAUCACACAACAACGUCGAGGUCUGGUGGCCUUUACGAUGUUUUUACCAGAUGAGCUGUGGCUUGCGAUUGUCUCACAGUGUGAACCUCGUGAUGCUUGGCUUGGUUUGCGUCCCCUGAACCGCCAGCUCCGCAGUUGUGUCGAAGGGUUCGUCGUAAGUGAGAUGAUACCGCUCAUCAAGAUCCAACUUCCUAUAGCGCUACCGAGCUACGACGUGCGCCAGAGAGUGCAAGGGCGAGCGAUAUUUGUGCCCAACAUGAACCGGAGACGUGACGAAAGCGUAGACCAUUGCAGCACUGCAAACGGCCGUCUACUGCUGCGUCUGAAGAAAUUGGAGCCGGAGCACUACCGUUCCCAACUGAAGGUGCGUUGGGAGUCUAUGCAGGAAGCCAGCGCGCACUCACUUCUGCCGGGAUCUCUGGAUGGCCGUUUACGUUGGCGGGUGCAGCUUCAUGCAAGAACGGUCGAGAUGCGCUUGCCAUGGGCGCGCAUUGACUGGGCCUCUGACCUGAUGGAGGCGGAGAAGCCAGGUAUCUCGACUGAGUGGAUGCCAAUGUUCACCGCAUACUGGCGGAGAGAGUAAUUGAUAGGAGCAUUAUGUACUCAAACAUCUUGGAAACAACUACGCUGUAUGCAAACGUACACACUUCUCUGGCGCUGGCGGGAAUGUCAGCGGCCGUUGCUGCCAACGGAGCGUUUGCACCGCGCCGGUGGGGAUGCGGCACU